ACUGGCGCACUCUACCCUAGUAUUCUUUUGGGUGCUGGCCUCAUAAUCAACUUCUUCCUGUGGGGCAAGGGGUCCUCUGCCGGUUUGCCAUUCACUACCAUUUUGAGCAUCCUCUCUCUCUGGCUGCUUGUGUCCCUGCCACUAGUUUUCUGCGGCUUCUUCUUCGGCUUCCGCAAACGGCCCUAUGAACAGCCCGUACGCACCAAUCAGAUUCCACGGGCCAUCCCCGAACGCAAAUUUCAUCAGAGCCUCUUUGUUACGACGGCACUCUGUGGUAUUUUGCCUUUUGGCAGCGUCUUCAUCGAACUCUUCUUCAUCUUCAAUGCAAUUUGGAAUAAACAGUUCUACUAUCUCUUCGGCUUCCUCUUCAUCGUCUUCCUCAUCCUCAUAGUCAGCUGCGCUCAGGUUGCGAUCGUUGCCACCUACUUCCAGUUGUGUAGUGAGGACUACCAUUGGUGGUGGCGUGCAUUCAUUUCCUCUGGCGGGGCAGCCCUAUACGUCUUCUUGUACUCGAUCUACUACUUUGUAACAAAGCUGGAGAUAACGAGUUUCGUUUCGACCAUAAUAUACUUCUCCUACUGCCUCAUGAUGUCUGUCUCCUUCUGGAUACUGACGGGCACCAUUGGCUUCUUCGCUGCGCUCACUUUUCUGCGGAAGAUUUAUGCCGCCAUCAAAAUUGACUGA